AUGGAUGAGGAUUCAGUUUCAAACAGUCCUGUUACACCUCGCCAAGAUAACUCAACAGUAAUAAAAGCUCAUGAAAUUCAAGCUUCGCCACGGAAGUUAUGUAAUGGUUUGGAUCAUAAAUGUGUUAUUAGUGAGUCAUAUCUUGGUAAGUGUGAGAUACGCAGCAUGACUAAUAGUUCAAAUUGUUCUGGCAAUGAUAAGUGUCUUGAAUCUAAGCUUCUAAAACACCAAAACAAUCACACCAGAGAAAAAACAUUUGCAUGUUGUGAAUGUGGGAAAUCUUUUAAAAGAAAGUCAUGUCUUAUUGUACACAAAAGAAUUCACACAGGAGAGAAGCCGUUUAUAUGUUCUGAAUGUGGGAAAUGUUUUGCCGCAAAGUCAGCGCUCUGUAGACACAAGAGUAUUCACACAGGAGAAAAACCGUUUGCAUGCUUCAAAUGUGACAAACGUUUCUCUCAAAAGUCACAACUGUGGGAACAUCAGAGAGCUCACCUGGGACAAAUAAAAUAUACAUGCUCUGAAUGUAAGAAAUGUUUUUCAGCAAAGCCAGCUCUUCGUCAACAUGAGAGGAUUCACACAGGAGAGAAACCUUUCCAGUGUUCUAAAUGUGGGAAAUGUUUUAGCCAGUAUGCACAUCUUCUUAUACAUCAGAGAAAUCACACUGGAGAGAAACCAUAUGCAUGUCAUAAAUGUGGUAAACGUUUUGCAGCAAAGUCAGCACUUGUUCGGCAUGAGAAAACUCAUACAGGAGAGAAAGCAUAUGAAUGUCCUGAAUGUGGGAAACAGUUUAUGGAAAAAUCUAGUCUUAUAAGCCAUGAGAAAACGCACAUGGGAGAGAAACCUUUUGCUUGUUCUGAAUGUGGGAAAUGUUUUGCUGCAAAGUCUGCAUUUAGUCGACAUGAGAGAACUCACACAGGAGAGAAGCCAUUUGCAUGUUCUGAGUGUGGGAAAUGUUUUAUCACAAAGUCAGAGCUUAGCAGACAUGAGCAAAUUCACCAGCGAGGAAAGCAAACUUUUUUAACGUCCUAAACAUAAAAAGGUUCUCCACAAUACUUUAAAGGGGACAUUUGCACCCAAUUUAUGCUGAGAAAUAAAUUUCUCCUUGUCUUCAAUAAAUGAGGAUUUGUGACAGGUAUAAGACAUUAAAACCCAUUGGAAAUUAAGCCCUUACCGACGUUGGGGUAUUCGAUGAUGUUCUAGAACGUCCUAAAUUUUAAUACAAUAUAGGAACGUCCUUUAGUUUUAAUAUAAGCAGGGUUAAAUCAUUGUUCAUACCAUGGAGCCCCACAUAUCUGUCUGCUGGGGCCAUUUUUAGUUUCCCCAGACUCUUUGGUGAGCUGCAUGCAGUGCCAAAAAAUCAAAGCUGCACGCAACUUUUUAUAUAGACAUGUACAUGCCUAUAAAUA